GUGUGGUUGCUGUUUGAGUACCCUGAGAGCAGUGGUCCGGCUCGGGGGAUAGCCAUCGUAUCCGUGCUCGUCAUCCUCAUCUCCAUCGUCAUCUUCUGCCUGGAGACGUUACCGGAGUUCAGGGAGGACCACAAGGAGCCCGUCCCUCUGGCUCCCAUUAUUAACGGCACCGAGCCGUACUUCUCCUCUCCGUUCUCCGACCCGUUCUUCGUGGUGGAGACGCUGUGCAUCAUCUGGUUCUCCUUCGAGCUGCUGGUCCGGUUCUUCGCCUGUCCCUCCAAGGCCACCUUCUCUAGGAACAUCAUGAACAUUAUAGAUAUCGUUGCUAUCAUACCCUACUUCAUUACGCUGGGCACGGAACUGGCAGAGCAGCAGGGGAACGGACAGCAGGCCAUGUCCCUGGCCAUCCUCAGGGUCAUCAGGCUGGUCAGGGUGUUUAGGAUCUUCAAGCUGUCCAGACACUCCAAGGGGCUCCAGAUCCUGGGCCAGACCCUGAAGGCCAGCAUGCGGGAGCUGGGUCUGCUCAUCUUCUUCCUCUUCAUCGGAGUCAUCCUCUUCUCCAGUGCCGUCUACUUCGCCGAAGCCGACGACCCAGAUUCCAGCUUUAGCUCCAUCCCUGAUGCCUUCUGGUGGGCCGUGGUCACCAUGACUACUGUCGGCUAUGGAGACAUGCACCCGAUAACCAUUGGCGGGAAGAUCGUGGGCUCUCUCUGCGCCAUCGCCGGCGUGCUGACCAUCGCCCUGCCCGUCCCCGUCAUCGUGUCCAACUUCAACUACUUCUACCACCGGGAGACGGAGGGCGAGGAGCAGGCGCAGUACCUCCACGUGGGCAGCUGUCAGCCGCUGGCGUCCGAGACGGAGGAGGAUGGGGAGGUGAGGAAGAGGAGCAGCUCUUCGUCGCUCAGUAAGAGUGAGUACCUGGUGAUAGAGGAACACAGAGGAAUGAACAGCAGCACCUUCAAACAGCAGCAGAACUUCCCCACGGCAACCACCGCUACCACGACGACAACCGUGACACAAAACAACACGGUGAACAGCGUCAGCAUCAACAAGAAGAUAUUCACUGACGUGUAGAGUCUUUGGGCGCCAUAACGGACUCACGGAUUAAAGUAUGUAGUGAUUUAACAGAUGUGGUUGAAUGAGGAGAGACUCAUCACCACCAUGAACCUCUAGCUGACCAUAUCUAAUGGGGAUAUUUACACUACAUGACCAAAAGUAUGUGGACACCUGCUUGUUCAACAUCUCAUCUCAAAAUCAUGGGGAUUAAAUAUGGAGUUGGUCCC